AUGUCCCUCUACGAUGAACUCAGUGCCCUGUCGCGCUCGCUCCGGCGCGUUGAGCAUCUUCUCCAGACCCACGAGGGCCUCGGACUGCCAUUCCAAGACGAAGAAGAUCAAAAGGGAGGCGACGAAGAGCUGAUUGAGCGGCGACUCGCCGAGGCCCUGCUGGAGAUAGAUCGGUUGGACCCAAGCAAGAAGCGAAGGAAGGAGGAGUUCCAACGCAUCUGGGACAACUUCGCCUGGGGACCGGACGACAGGGUGGCCAUCGAGACCGUUGUCCGCCAGUAUGGCAUUCGCACCAUGCUCGACUCCCCGUGCGGCUCCUUCUCCUGGAUGCCGCUCAUCAAUUUCGAGGCCCUCAACGUCACCUACGUCGGAGUGGACAUUGUGCCGGGCAACAUCGAGAAGGCCAAGGCCGCGUGGCCAACCAAGCAGCCGCAUGUGUUCCAGUUCUACUGCGCUGACGUGGUCGACGGGUUCGAGUUUGUCGACAAGCUGGUGCUGCAGGCCCAGCAGGAGUACCCGACCAACACGCACAACUGGAGCCAGGGCUGGGACCUCAUCUUCUCACGCGAGUUCCUGCAGCACCUCCCGCACGAGGCCGUCAAGCGCGUGCUGCGCAACUUCAACAAGACCGGCUCCAAGUACCUCCUGCUCACCCACGACCCCUCCAACGCCAUCAACAAAGACAUCCAAUUCGGUGGCUACGAGCCGAUCAACAUGCGGGCGCCACCAUUCAACCUGGGCCAACCACUGGCAGAUUUCCCUGAUGCUGGCCAUGAACGCCUGCUGCUCUACAAGCUGCCGCUUGUGGGCUUUGAGGACUGA